AUGGCUAAAAAACGUUCAUCGCUUAAGAAAAAUCGUUUGGGAGCUGGUUCAGCAGGAAAGGAUAAGCAACCUUUGAAUGUGACUCAUGGGGCAAAGAGAAGUAUGUCAUUUAGGCGAGGCGAGCACAGCUUGAAUCCAGAUCGCAAAUCUAAAGGAGACCAUUUCCGUUCCAAAGCUACUAUUAAUAGAUUGCUCAUGUACAAAAAUUUCAAGCCAAUCAGGGAUGCAAAAGGCAAAAUUAUUAGAGCGGCACCUUAUCAAGAAAGACUUCCUUCUGGGAGUGUUGCUAGAGUUGAACCUCAUCGAAAAUGGUUUGGAAAUACUCGAGUUGUUGGCCAAGAACAGCUGCAGAAAUUCCAGGAAAAAUUAGGACAGGCAUUGCAAGAUCCGUUCCAAGUUGUUAUGCGACAAACUAAACUUCCCAUAUCAUUGUUAAGUGAGAAAACCAAACUGCAGCGCGUUCAUGUAGUAGACAUAGAAAGUUUCGAAUAUACUUUUGGUAAACAAGCACUCAGGAAGAAGCCAAAUGUCAAAGUGCAAGAUCUUGAAGAUCUACGCGAGAAAGCCAUUGAACAGACGGAAAAAUACGACGAAAACGCUGAUAGUAGUUUGAUAAAAAAUGGAGAUUCUGAAAGAAUGGAAAAUCUAAAUCCACUGUUUAAGGCUGGUCAAAGCAAUCGUGUUUGGGGAGAGCUUUACAAGGUUAUCGACUCAUCAGAUGUUCUGGUUGAAGUGAUUGACGGACGUGAUCCAAUGGGAACUAGAUGUCUCCAUAUCGAGCAAUUUUUACGAAAAGAAAAACCUCAUAAGCAUCUCAUUUUGGUCAUUAAUAAAGUUGAUCUGGUGCCAACAUGGGUUACAAAAAAAUGGCUGGGACUGUUGUCACAAGAAAUGCCAACAGUGGCUUUCCAUGCUUCUCUGCAGCAUUCUUUUGGCAAGGGAACAUUGAUCAAUUUGCUUAGGCAGUUUGCAAAACUUCAUAAAGACCUUCAGCAAAUAAGUGUUGGUUUCAUCGGUUAUCCAAACGUUGGUAAAUCUUCAAUAAUAAAUACGAUUCGGGCUAAGAGAGUUUGUAAAACUGCUCCAAUUGCUGGGGAAACUAAAGUAUGGCAGUAUGUAACUUUGAUGCGUCGUAUUUAUAUGAUUGAUUGUCCAGGUGUUGUAUAUCCGCAAGGAGAUUCGGAAACUCAAAUCAUCUUAAAAGGAGUUGUACGAGUCGAGAAUGUUAAGGAUCCGAUUAAUCAUGUGCAAGGAGUUUUAGAUCGUGUGAAGGAUCAAUAUCUUAUGAAAACAUAUUCUAUCGGUCCUUUUACUGAUGUCUAUGACUUUUUGACAAAAAUUUGCAUUAAAAAUGGUCGGCUAUUGAAGGGUGGUGAUCCUGACUGGAAUACAGCUGCGAAAAUCGUGCUCAAUGAUUUUCAACGUGGGCGCAUACCUUACUAUGUACUUCCACCGGGGUGCGAACCGAAGAAUGUAGCCGAGUGCAAUGAGCAUUUGGUUCUUCAGGAUACUGGAGAAACAAAUGAUUUAAAUACUGGUAAUGAUGCUGGUGAUGAACAAAAAGAUGAAGAUGAUCAUGACUCUGCACUCGAGGAUGAAGGAACUCUGACAGAUAUUGGUUCAACAUGUAGUGGCCUCACAAAUCUGUCUGAACUAGAUGAUAUGAGUUUCGAUCUUCCAGAAGCACCUGAGGGCGCUAUCGAUGCUGACAAACAUCCGAAAAUUGAAAGACGUCGAACUCGAGGAAAAAGAGCGGGAAAAAAAUUGACAGAAAAACUAAUAUUUAUCUGUCAGAUAAUAUCUUGCUUUAGUGUUUUUUGCUUUGGCUUAUCUGAUUCAAGCAAAUCAAGCAAAAAUAUGUGGCGAAAAAAGUUAGAGAAACGCCGACGUGUCAAGCAUCAGCAGUAA